AUGACACAGAACACUGGACGCAAAAAUGUUCGCAAAGCACGUGACAUCGGGAAGUGUGUUGCUGACGCGUCGACGGAAGAUACAAAGGAGGGUCGGAAGAAAACUAAGACAACCACGUUGACCGAGUCCAUUGUAUUCUCUCCCCAUUCUUUGAUCCAGGAGGAUUGCGCCCGACGUAUGCUCCAUGAGCUGUCUGGCAAGCUUCUUGUGCCUACAAAGUAUACGGACGCAGAGGACCCCUCGAAAAGGUACUGGGUUGGCACCAUUGCCCGUUUCUUUUGGUCGAAAGCUAGUGUCGGGCUUUCUCAGAUUGGGAUGACCAAUGAGAAACUUCACAUGGCCAACUUGCGAGGUGGUGUAGAAGCGGAGAAAUUGUGA